GCCCCCGGCGUCCCACGGCCGUCCGCGGAGGGGCUCGUUGCCCACUGGGGCCAGCUGGCAGAACACAGAUCUGUUUGAGAUGAUUGAAAAGAUGCAGGGAAGCAGGAUGGAUGAACAGCGAUGCUCCUUCCCACCACCUCUCAAAACAGAGGAGGACUACAUUCCCUACCCGAGUGUCCACGAGGUCCUGGGGCGAGAAGGGCCCUUUCCUCUCAUCCUGCUGCCCCAGUUUGGGGGCUACUGGAUUGAAGGUACUAACCAUGAAAUCACCAGCAUUCCUGAGACAGAGCCGCUCCAGUCACCCACCACCAAGGUGAAGCUCGAGUGCAACCCUACAGCCCGAAUCUACCGGAAGCACUUUCUUGGCAAGGAACAUUUCAAUUACUACUCACUGGACACUGCCCUUGGCCACCUUGUAUUCUCACUCAAGUAUGAUGUCAUUGGAGACCAAGAACACCUCCGGCUGCUGCUCAGGACCAAGUGCCGGACAUACCACGAUGUCAUCCCCAUCUCCUGCCUCACUGAGUUCCCCAACGUGGUCCAGAUGGCAAAGUUCUAUCCUGUGCUCUACCCGAAGGCUUCCCGGCUCAUUGUCACCUUUGACGAGCAUGUUAUCAGCAAUAACUUCAAAUUUGGAGUCAUUUAUCAGAAACUCGGCCAGACCUCUGAGGAAGAACUCUUCAGCACUAAUGAGGAAAGUCCCGCCUUCGUGGAGUUCCUCGAAUUUCUUGGCCAGAAAGUCAAACUGCAGGACUUCAAGGGGUUCCGAGGAGGCCUAGACGUGACCCACGGGCAGACAGGGACUGAAUCUGUGUACUGCAACUUCCGCAACAAGGAGAUCAUGUUUCACGUGUCCACCAAGCUGCCCUACACAGAAGGGGACGCCCAGCAGUUGCAGCGGAAGCGGCACAUCGGGAAUGACAUAGUAGCUGUGGUCUUCCAGGAUGAGAACACGCCCUUCGUGCCCGACAUGAUCGCGUCCAACUUCCUGCAUGCUUAUGUGGUGGUGCAGGCCGAGGGCGGGGGUCCUGACGGCCCCCUCUACAAGGUGUCCGUCACAGCAAGAGAUGACGUGCCUUUCUUUGGGCCUCCCCUCCCAGACCCUGCUGUGUUCAGGAAGGGGCCGGAGUUCCAGGAAUUUUUGCUGACAAAACUGAUCAAUGCUGAGUAUGCAUGCUACAAGGCAGAGAAGUUUGCCAAACUGGAGGAGCGGACACGAGCUGCCCUCCUGGAGACGCUCUAUGAGGAGCUGCAUAUCCACAGCCAGUCCAUGAUGGGGCUGGGCGGCGAUGAGGACAAGAUGGAGAAUGGCGGCGGUGGGGGUGGCUUCUUCGAGUCUUUCAAGCGGGUCAUCCGGAGCCGCAGCCAGUCCAUGGACGCCAUGGGGCUGAGCAACAAGAAGCCCAGCACUGUGUCCACCAGCCACAGUGGGAGCUUUGCACCCAACAACCCUGACCUGGCCAAGGCUGCUGGAAUAUCAUUGCUUAUUCCUGGGAAAAGUGCAAGUAGAUUCGGACGCCGGGGCAGUGCCAUAGGCAUAGGAACGGUGGAAGAGUCAUUAAUUGUCCCCGGGAAGAGCCCCACGAGGAAGAAGUCUGGCCCAUUUGGCUCCCGCCGCAGCAGCGCCAUUGGCAUUGAGAACAUUCAGGAGGUACAGGAGAAAAGGGAGAGCCCUCCAGCUGGCCAGAAGACCCCAGACAGCGGGCACGUCUCACAGGAGCCCAAAUCAGAGAACUCAUCCACUCAGAGCUCCCCAGAGAUGCCCACGACCAAAAACAGAGUGGAGACAGCAGCCCAGAGAGCAGAAGCGCUGAAGGACUUCUCCCGCUCCUCAUCCAGUGCCAGCAGCUUCGCCAGCGUGGUGGAGGAGACAGAAGGCGUGGAUGGGGAGGACACAGGCCUGGAGAGCAUCUCGUCCUCAGGAACACCCCACAAGCGGGACUCCUUCAUCUAUAGCACAUGGUUGGAGGACAGUGUCAGCACCACAAGUGGCGGCAGCUCCCCAGGCCCCUCUCGGUCACCCCACCCAGACGCCGGCAAGUCGGGGGACCCUGCGUGUCCCGAGAUCAAGAUCCAGCUGGAAGCGUCUGAGCAGCACAUGCCCCAGCUGGUACGUGUCACCACCUGGGGGCUGGCCUGGGAGGCCCCUCAUGGGAGGGGAGACAGGGAUAGAGGCUGGACCAGGAGGGGGAGCUCGUCCAGUCUGGGCACAGCCCAUGACCUCUCACCUGCCCUCAAGCUCUACCACAGAUCUGCCAAUGCCCUGUCCACUGCCUACAUGUGA